UGCGAUACUGGAGUCGGAGUAGACGCCCUCUACGACCAGCUGUACAGGAAACCCACCAUGUCCAUGCUUCUGGGAUGCUCCUGUUCCGAUGUCUCGAAGAGAGUUGGUCAGAUCCUGCCGUAUUGGAACGUGGUCAUGGUUUCGUACGGUUCUACUUCAGUGGCUCUGACCUCCCAAGAAUAUUACCCGACCUUCUUCCGGACAGUGACCCCGGAUUCUUCCCACAAUGCAGCGCGAGCUUCUUUUAUUGAGCACUUCAAAUGGAACAUGGUGGCCAGUCUAAGCCAGGAACAAGAGCUGUUUUCGCUGGCCCAGACCACGAUGAGCAAGUACUUCGAGAGCGAUACGAACAUCACUUUCUCGGCUGUAUUAAGUUUCGUCGAUGACCCCGGGCCGCAGAUACAGCAAUUAGAAGAGAAAGAUGCCCGUAUCAUCAUCGGAAGUUUUCAAGAGGACGCUGCCAGGGCUGUCUUCUGCGAGGCCUACAAGCGGGGCAUGUACGGGGCAAAGUACGUCUGGCUCCUGGUGGGGUGGUAUAUGCGGGACUGGUGGCUCGUUGAAGACGAUCGGAUAGACUGUACACCCGAAGAACUCACCGAGGCUGUCGAAGGCUACUUCGCGGUAGACAGCAUGGAUACCAACAUCGAUGACCGGAUGUCAGUCUCGGGUCUGACAUCGUCCGAGUUCCGAGAGGAGAUGAAGGAGCGUGGUAUCGAACACCUCUCCACCCACGCUGCUCAGACCUACGACGCGGUCUGGACCAUCACACUCGCUCUCAAGGAGGCUAUGCGGAAGGUUGAUCCGACGCCGAGCAACGCAUCGAUUAUAAUGACGACCACGAAACCAGUGAUGAGCGACGUCGGACCGACAGUGUUUUCGUAUACUGAUGAAGGCAUGAAAGAUGCGCUUAUCAAUAUCAUGUCUGACGUCAAAUUCACAGGUGUUUCGGGACCAGUUUCAUUUGUUGGCCCAGAUCGAUUUGGAAUCACCACUUUCAGACAAAAUCAAGAUGGUGAAUUGAAACGCGUUGCCUUAUAUUUUCCUGAGAGUGAACUCCUAGACUUUGAAACAGAGGGAACAGUUCCUAUCCACUGGGCUGGGGGAUUCAUACCUGUUGAUCAUCUAAUCGUUCUCGAUAAGCCGAUUAGGAUUGAUUCAGCAGCUUUCCUAUCGAUGUCCGUCCUAACUGUGCUGGGGAUCAUCCUCGCCCUUCUCUUCUUAGCAUUCAAUGUCAAAUACAGAAAAACAAAGUACAUCAAACUCUCAAGUCCCAACCUGAAUAACAUCCUGGUAGUUGGCUGUAUAGCGGUCUACUCAGCGAUUCUGAUGAUGGGAUUGGAUGGAGAUAAAGUAUCUGAUGUUGUCUUCGCGCCACUCUGCACCAUUCGUACAUCGUUCUUAGCAGUGGGAUUCUCCAUGGCGUUCGGAUCGAUGUUUGUCAAAACCUAUCGAGUUUAUCACAUCAUUACACAUGCUACUAGUAGAGUCAUCAAACGAAAAAUGCUGCACGAAUCAACUUUAUUUCUCAUGAUAGGGGUUCUACUAUUACUUGACGUCAUUCUCAUUGCAUUAUGGGUAAUACUUGACCCCAUGUAUCGACAAGAAAAACGCUUAAAUGUCGAGGUUUCUGACGACGGCACACGGGCGUACGUGCCGGUCAUCGAAGAAUGCACGUCGUUUCACCAGAGCAAAUGGCUGGUGGCUCUCUACGCCUACAAGGGUCUUUUACUUCUCUUCGGCGUCUUCCUCGCUUGGGAGACGCGGAAGGUGAAGAUACCCGCCCUCAACGAUUCACACUAUAUAGCUGUCUGUGUUUACAACGUCGUCAUCAUGAGCGUACUCGCUGUCGUGGUCAAUAACUGGGUCAUCCAGGGCAAUCAUCGGACGAUGUCGUUCAUGCUUGUAUCUCUCUGUAUCUGUAUUACUACCACUGCCACGUUGUGUCUACUUUUUGUACCAAAGCUUCAUGCAAUAAGAAUAAGUGUUAGCAGCGACCCUGUCACCAGGUCGGUUGGGCUAGAAGUCAAGGGUCGAACCCGUCGCUUUGUGAUGGACGAAACGACAGAGCUAAAGGAAAGCAUCUAUCGAGCUGAAAUUCAUAUACGUGCAUUCAGAAGAGAAAAGAGAAAGCUUGAUUCCAAAAUAGCGGAGCUGGAAGGUAUACUGCGCAUGCUCGAACGUGAGGAGCAAUACCGACUAGGCCAUCUUAGUGAAUUUGACCUUGAUCCGUCAGGGAAGGAACAUGAAUUACAAAUGCUGCUUCAUUUACCAGAGACUCCUAUCGACAAUCAAGAAUCGUGUGCGGUUAACCGAUUCGAACAGGAAUACAAACGGAUAGUGAAUCAAAAUCUGACUUCGGUUGGUGUUGGUGGACGGAGCGAAGAGAGACCGGGUAAAACCGAAACCCGGAGGAGGACAUCAGUGUUGCCUUUCAAAGCGCUGGGGAAGGAGAACAGUUUCACGCAUACGCCGCUCAUGGCGAAGUUUAGUACUGACACCGACGAAACCAAUUCGGAUAUCUGUCCGGAUUUGGAUACGGAGAAGAGUACGGUUAUAGAACGCUGCUACGGUACCUUGCGCGGGACGAGUAGUGCGGGAAGCAGCGAAAGUUUGUCUUAUAAACUCAGGGCGAUUAGCGAUGGCGGUGUUGGUUUGCUAAGCGAUAGUAAAGGAAUGAGAACAAACGACGUGGAUGAGGAGGAUGAGACCGAGAUCGAGAAUAACGAUCAGGAGGACGCAGACGAAACGUCGGCUCUCGCGUUUCGCCGCACCAGCAGCGCGGCUAACCGCGCUAGCAAUAAGGAUAUUCCCAGUACGUCAGAAGCUGCGGACAAGGAAGACCUGAACUUUGACGAAAGGACACUCAUCACCGAAAUGCAAGACCUUCAACUUCGACUAUUGCAAUUAAAUGGCAAAGCCAACAUGAUUUACUACGUAUGAUGUACAGCGAUUCUUUGCAAUGACUUUCUUCUUAAAUGUCAAAGUACUUCACCUUUAUGGAACCGGUGAUAUUAUUUCGUUUUUGUACUGCAAUGUUUCAAUAUGUUGACAUAAAUUUUGCAAACAUGUAUAUUGAUAUUAUGAUAUAUUACAUUUUACAGAAACAAAUGGCUUUUGAUGCCAUUUUUAAUCUAAAAUCGAGGAGAGGAUAUUUUUAUACUGCAAUUCAUGAAUGAUAUGGGCACAUGAAUCUAUAAUGUACUAUCACUUACCUUUAAUUUGCCCCUGGUCUUAUCGAAAUAUGUCUUGAUAUGUCUAUCAUGACAUUGAAUUCAAAAUCUCAAAUAACCGCCAACCUUCAACUGAUGUAGAAACGAUAAUUUUGUAUUAAUUAAUGUAAAUCACUCGAGUACUUUGUUUAAUUAACAAACCUUGUGAUAUUACACUAGUUUUCUCAAAAUUUCUCAAAGAACAGCCGAAACUUUUUCUUAAUAAUCUUUUCAGUUGCAAAUCGAUCGAUCAGUUAUCCAAGCGAUCCAUAAGUGUUCCAAAUCAAGUUGUAAUUUACAUCGUCAAAUUGUCUAUUCUGAAUUGUUCUAUAUACCCUAACCGCAAAGCCCACCAAACAUUCUUUUCACAAGACCCUGGAGGCGAAGCGAAAUGAAGACCCGACCCGACCUGACGAUGAUUAUGAGUAACAACUAGAUAUUUCCCGGCCUACAAGCUUUAUAAAGUGGUUCGCUAAUAAUCGCCGUUGUGAAAUUUUGCGCUGGUCGCCGUUCUGACUAACACUCGACAACUUAAAAACACUUGGAAAUUAUGACGAUCUGUCAUUCUGCCUAGAUCUGUUCACGUUCACUUCAAGAUACAUUAAGACUAUGUCAGGUUGACUAUAUAGUAAACGAACUAAUGAAACUUUCAGGUUCUUAGAGACUAUAUUAUAAUGUACGUAAAACCCUUUGAUCGUGACGAUUCAAACCUUAAUAUUGUAAUUUAUAUUGUAAUACAAUCAAUUCCAA